AUGCGUCUAUAGACGAAAUAAUUGAAAGGGAAUAGGCUCAUAUGUUACGAAACAUAUGUAGUUCAUGAACAUGCAUGUUUAGCGAAAGGGAAUAGGCCUCUUAAUAUCGUUGACAACAAUUAUGCGGUAUCCAAAAAGUCUUAAAAUAGCCAUUACGGCAGCAAAUUAUAAUUAAUGCGAUCCUAAAAGCAAUGUUUACAAAUUUCCCGCGUAAAUUUAAAAUUUACGCCCUAUGUGGUGGCGCACAUUUCUGCAAAGUAGGCGAAGACUUUGAUUCAAUCAAAUUGAUUGUUUUCUUUGGUCUGGGUUCCUUAUUUUCGGUGUUAAAACGCUUUGAAUCUCACCAAAGUAUUUGGGGGUUAUACAACUGUUCUGUGAUCAUUAAAUAUAAGUAGCAGUUUUCAUCAACAAUGGAGCAAAUAAUUGUUAAAAGAGAACCUGAAGAGGGUAAUAUUUCGACGAAUUACGAUGAACCAAGUACCCCUGCUAACCAAGAAAUGCCUUCAACCUCCGGGAUGGCAAUUAAACAAGAAAUUAAAGAAGAAUUGGAUGAUGUUGACAACUCCAUGGAAUACGUUAAGUCGGUUGUAAAAGAAGAAUUAAAAUUGUUUACAGAUGAAGAGUACGAAUUUGAUGGAGCCGAGCAAGACAAACGGAAAUUCGAAGCCGAAGAUGAAGCAUUGCUUGGCAAAGGAUCCAAAAUCCAUGAUAGUGAUAAAGAAAGUGUCAAUUCUGAUCAUGAAGAUGACAUGGAAGAUUUUUCGUGGGAUAUUAAGGAAGAAGCAUUGGACGUUGACUUUUCCGAUGAAGAUGAUAAAACUACCUCACUCAAUGGCGAUGAAGAAAAAGAUGAAGAUGAAGAAAUUUUCGAGACGAAAAUCGAGGUGGAAUAUCAUGGGGUCGAAUAUGAUGAAAAAAUUUCUCCUUCCUCGCAAGGAGUGGAAGGCAAUCCAUCAGCGAAAACAAUUCGUGUAAGGAGAACUCACGUCUGUUCUUUUUGCGGGUCCAGUGUCAAAAAUUUUUCCAGACAUCUGGAACGCAACCAUUCUGAUGAGCCGAGGGUGCAGGAGGUCUUGUGGUUGGACAAAAAGUCCUCCGAGAGGAAGAAAUUGUUGGACAAGAUCCGUAGAGAGGGAGAUUUGAUUGAAGGUCAAACAUUCAUGGCGGGUCCGUUCAAUUCCCAAGACCCGCUAAAGCAGACUGGACUUUUGAGCGGGUUAAAGGCAGACGAAAUCUCCCUCAUGGCCAAAAAGGACCCGAUAAUCUGCGAGGUGGCAAGAAGGUACCUCAAAUCGCACAAAGAUAAAGAUUUCCUAUUGGUCGCGAAAAGACACAUGCGCAGACUGGCGCAACUUCUUUUAAACUUGCGGAAACUGGAAGGAAGCCCCCGGCUAACCUUAAUUGACGUUUUGGCGCCCGAAAAAUUCCAAAGCCUCGUGAAGGCCACCCUGAAUAUGGCCGAAUACAACGAGGCACGCCACACCUUCAAAUCGCCAUCGCUGGCCCUGCAAAUGGGGCCUUUAAUAAAAAACGCGAUACGAACGGCGUACUCCCGUGAAGUUCGCAAAGCGCCGUCUUGCGAAGUGCGGCUGAAGAACUUGAAAUCCUUGAUGACUUUGAUCGAAAGCGACUGGACGCGUGUGAUUUCCAGCCGGGCUUGGCUGGAUAUGGCCAUAAAUAAAUUGAAUAAACCGCCAGGUGCACCCGUAGCGGAAGAUGUUGAUAAGCUUGUAGUCGAGGACGCCGCGAGCAAUAUUUCGAAAACACAAAAUACCAAAAAGGGUUCCAAAAGAACGUUGGUGCCUUGGACGGAAGAGCAAAAAAGUUAACAGUGGACUUUUUUAAGGACCACAUAAGAAAACGCAAGGCUCCCAAGAAACAUGAAGUGAUAAACCUGAUUGAAACCCAUCCCAGUGUUUUUCAGCACAAAACUUGGCCGGUCAUCAAAGUGUAUGUGUGUAACAAGUUUGAAAAAAAUAAAAUUCAUGGAAUUGAAGAUCAACCCAAACAAAUUGAGAACACCAAAUCAGACGAUAUUGCGGAUACAAAAAAUACCGAAAAUAGCCCCAAACGAGUAUUGGUACGUUGGAGUGAGGAGCAGAAAAAAUUAACGGAGGACUUCUUCAAGGUCCACAUAAAUAAACCUAACCAACACAGCAUUGAUGAAACCCUGGUAACAUUUGAAAAACUUGUUGGAACAUCUCCUGUUAAAACAGGGGAAUUAAAAAACUUAAGGACAAAAAAAUCGGGGUGUCCUUAUUGUAAGCAAGACGUCUCACACUUUCCACGGCACUUAAAGCGCAAGCACAGUGAGGUAGGUGCCAUUAAGGAGUUGUUUGCUAUGCCCCCCAACGAUCCAAAGCGAAAACGCAUUUUGAAUGCCUUGCGUCGAGAGGGGAACUUUGCAAACACCGCAAAUACAAAUUAUAUUCGUCCGAUUAGAAGGCCUAACUUUGUUCCGGAAGAUUUAAAACAAUUAAAGGAAGACUACGUGGCUUGUAAAGAUUGUCUGGGGUACUACAAAAGAAAUAACUUUUGGCGCCAUCGCAGGAAAUGUGGUUCGGAGUUGCCGAAACGAGAGCGACAUCUAUCGACAGCGCAGCUGUUUUUAAUCUGCUCCGCCGGAGUACACAGCGACUUCUACGCCACCUUACGACUGACAAAUGAAGUGUUCCCCAUAAUGCGAAACGAUGCGAUUUCCGGUCGCGCAAUGAACGACAUUCUGGUUUGUUGUUACGCGGAAGAAUUAUUGAAAACGCAUAAAGGAGCGCACAUAAAAAAUUCCGUAUCGAACAAGAUGAGGGAGCUGGGGCGUUUGUUGUUGUGCUUGCAAGAUAUGACGGGGCUUCAAAAACUAUUCGAUUUUUUGAAGCCGGAAUUUUUCAGCACUUUUGUGGCUGCCACGAAGGUUAUUAGUGGCUACGACCCCGAAUCGUGUUCCUUAAGACAUUCAGUUUACCUCUGCAUAUGGGGACUUCCCUCAAGCAAGUUUGCGAUGUUGCCACUACAAUGGUGAUGGAAAAAAGCCCCCUCUUUUCCUGUGCAAACCACGAAGAGACUCUGAAGGAAAUUAAAUCAUUAGAAAAAUUGAUAAAGACCAGUUGGAAUUGCGAAAUUUUCAGUCUGACAUCAACAAAUAUUAACAAAACAAAACUCGCAGAAGAUGUGAUGAAAUUUCGAAAAUUAUCAGACCCAGAAAGUCCAGAUGACAACGGAAUGGAAGAAGUAAUAUACUCAACAAUAGGCCAAAAUAAUCAAAAUAAUAAUGAUGUUAUGGAUGAAGUGCCACCACAGAGAAACGAAAAUUUAAUCGUUAAGACAAAAACCAAUAAUAGUAAUCAUUUGCAAGUUGAUGUUGACAAAAAGAGCACAACAAGACUGAGAUGGACAGAGCAGCAAAAAAAACUUACAAAAAGUCAUUUCAAGAACCAUAUCAAAUAUAAAAUAGCACCCAGAAAAAAAGAAACAGAAGAGUUUAUAGAACAAUUUAAAGACAUAUUUAAAGACAGAAACUGGGUAAUUGUGAAAGCGUAUGUCUAUAAUUGUUACAAAUAAUUGGUCACAAAAUGUUGGUACAAAAUUAUGUUUUCGCAGGGCGAAAUUUAUU